AUGGGACCCCAGCACUUGAGCCCUGCGCAGCUGCUCUGCCUCCUAGGGGCCAUCUCUACUCUUCCCCGGGCUGCGGCUCUUUUAUGCUAUGAAGCAACGUCCUCACUCUUCAGAGCUGUUUCUCUCCAUGACUGGAAAUGGCUUCUGAUGAGGAGCAUGGUGUGUAAGCUGAGUGAGGGCUGUGAGGAGACGCUGGUGUUCAUCGAGACAGGGACCAGAAGGGGAGUUGUGGGUUUUAAGGGCUGCAGCCCAGCCUCAUCUUACCCCCCGCAAGUCUCCUACCUUGUUUCGCCACCUGGAUUGUCCAUUGCCUCCUAUAGCCGUGUCUGCCGCACAUAUCUCUGCAAUAACCUCACCAACUUGGAUCCAUUUGUGAAACUGAAGGCCGGCACUCCUAAGUCGACAGCAUUUUCUUCCCACAGUUGCCCCACCUGUGUGGGUGAACACUCUAAGUCUUGCCUCCCAAAUUUUGUCACCACUGAUUUUUGCCCCUAUGACGCCUCUAAGUGUUACAGUUCCACCUUAAAAUUCCAGGCAGGGCUUCUCAAUACCACCUUCCUCCUCUUGGGCUGUGCUCGUGGACAUCACAAACUUUUAUCAGAUUUUCACCAUAUUGGAAACAUCAGAGUAACUGAGGUCCUCAACAUCUUAGAGAAGGCCCAGGUUGCUAGCACAGAGCGCUCCAGCCAUAGUCCUGCUUGGAGCAUCCUCUCCAGUCUUCUGCUUGCCUUCAGGGACUAA